AUGAGCGCCAUCACAGCUCCCCUUUAUGGACUCGGGGCCGCCGCUACCUCGAACCUGGCGGUCUUCCUGCCUGCCCUCAUGGCGGCCAUAGCCUACUUCCAGUACGAGCAACUAGAUCCGGAAAGCAGGCCCGUCGACGUACCGUCAGACGAGCUUCUGGACAGAUACGAUUUCAUAGUGGUUGGAGCGGGAUCUGCUGAAACGCGCGCCAUCCAGGAGAAGAGAGCCUUAGCGGGGUUAGGGCGCACUGCACCACCGGACAAAAACGACCCAGCUCUUGGGAAAGAAAUGAACGAACCUAGCACUGAAAAAGGAGAUGUCUUUACACCGUUAGGAAAGGAGGAGGCAGUAUGA